AUGGAACUAGGCCACAAUCUUGCCAAAAUGACACAAUGAACAAUGGUUUUAUAGAAUCCCACAAAACAGCAAGUCGCAUUGAAGUGUUGGCCUCACACCUUCUUACUUCUAACUCUUCAUCAUCAAUGGCUUCCGAGAAAGAAGCUGCUCUUGCUGCUGCUUCUACUCCUGUCGAUUCUCCCACCAUAUUUGACAAGAUCAUUAACAAGGAAAUUCCUGCCAAUGUUGUUUUUGAGGAUGAUCAGGUUCUUGCUUUUAGGGACAUAAACCCACAAGCUCCAACACACAUUGUGAUCAUUCCCAAAGUUAAGGAUGGCUUAAGUGGACUCUCCAAGGCUGAGGAAAAACACUGCGACAUUCUUGGCCGCCUUCUUUACACAGCAAAACUUGUAGCAAAACAGGAAAACCUUGACGAUGGCUUUAGGAUUGUGAUUAAUGAUGGUCCAACAGGAUGUCAAUCUGUUUAUCACAUCCACGUACACCUGCUCGGAGGAAGGCAAAUGAACUGGCCCCCAGGUUAAGAUGAAUCUCCACUAUCAAAGAUAUAAGGGGAAGAUCCGUUACCCGGUUGGCCGUUUUAAUGAAGUAAAUAACUUGUCAAUGGAAACUGGAAUAACUCUUUGAGUUGUUGACUUGUUAUUUCUGAUACUUGUGUUCCUAUUUCAAAUAAUGAUCUUGAACGUUAAGCAGGGUUUAUAAUAGUGUACACUCUACGAUGGCUUGGUUUCUAAUCCUUAUUAUUCCUUACUA